UUCAAAUUAGCAUCAGUGGAGCGGAAAUGGAAGACGACGGUGGAGAGAGAUCGAGCUUCGUCGCUGGACUAAUCGAGAACAGAGCCAAAGAGGUUGGAAUGGCUGCGUUUGAUUUAAGAUCCGCUUCACUGCAUCUAUCUCAGUAUAUAGAGACGAGCAGCUCGUAUCAAAACACGAAGACGCUGCUGCGUUUCUAUGAUCCUUGUGUGAUUAUUGUUCCUCCCAACAAACUUGCCGCCGAUGGCAUGGUUGGGGUUUCAGAAUUGGUGGAUAGAUGUUACAGCACCGUCAGGAAGGUUGUGUUUGCUCGUGGCUGUUUCGAUGACACCAAGGGUGCCGUGCUAAUACAAAACUUGGCUGCAGAGGAACCUUUGGCUCUUGGUUUAGACACUUACUAUAAGCAGCAUUAUCUAUCACUAGAACUUGACCCGCACGCCCGUGUAUAA